AUGGGCCAGCACACUACAUCGAAGGAUCGUAAGCAUCUGCAGCUACGCAAGCAAACCGCAGACCUCCAGAACAGCAAGAAAGAUCGAAAGGCGUCUCGGAUGGCUAUCAAAAGGCGCAAGGUUUCCGGUACCUCAAGUGCACGCAUUGCAGAGCGACAAGACGACCCAUCUACCCCAACACCAUCAGACGCAACGAAGAAUGUCAAGCGGAUCGAAGCACAGCUAUCCCGACGAGUGCGACAGGGCGACGAAAUCGCCACACGACUAAACUGCACGGCUUACAUUCUGUACUCGAAAUCCAAGUUCUUGGGUCAGACGGAUUCUGGAAAGCGUAUUCAGCACACUGCAUUCCACGAGUACGAGCAGGAUCGGUUGGUAUUCGAGAGAUUCGAUAGACGUGGCAAGGCCAUCAGAGUAACGGCGAGCUUAUGGUUAUCCUGGGAUGGACCUUGCGACAGAUGGCAGGGCACUUUCGAAGGGCUGUGGCCGAACGACCAGAUACCCGCGCUUGAGGAGGUGCCAGUCACCUUCUACAACGUCUCUACCAAGCAGAAUGAGGCCAAGCUUCGGCCCUUGCGAGUACACUUGGUUUUUCUCCGCGACGGGUGCUUGAGGCUGAAAAUAUAUCUCUCUGAUGCCGUCAGGAGCGAGGAAUUUAGUGUCAAGGAACUCUUCGCCAUUGAAGCGUAUGAGGCGUAUGAGGCCGAUGAAGGAGAAGGCGGACCAAUUCUGUAUAUCGUAGACGACGAGCUUGAGACCACUGAAUCUAGCGGCGAAGACGCCACAGACACCGAGAGCGAUCCUUCGGCCGGCGAUUAUGAAAUGACGCGACAGAAACACGCAAAGAGAGAAGCCCGUGGCAAAGCCAUGGAAGAAUGGAUUGAGGAAAGAAUAGCUUCGGGGGUCGAAAAAGACAACGAAAGCCCACAAGUACGCUGGACAGGCCUGGAAGAUUAUGUCGACAUCACUUGGGACCUCUACUCCACUGCAUACCUCGACAUGCUCCUUCUGGGAGGCAAGGAAUUUGACGAUAAAGUCUUCGACGGCUACAGCUGCGGCGAGUUCAGCUUUGAUUGGGACGACUACGACUCGCGUUACACGGCCACUUUGGAACUUCGGCCGUCAAACAAAUCAUGGACAGGCGAUUUUGAGUGGGAUAUGAAGAAAGGCGCGAUGAACUCCGGUCUACUCAAUGCCAGUAUAUCCGACGAGGACUUUGGGGAAGAUGUGGGGUUUCGAAUCUGCUUCGUCAAGGGUGGGAAAAUGAAGAUACGCAUCCCGGCAUACGAGAUUGGUGGACGCACUGAAGACGGUUUCAUUGACUUCUACGCCGUCUAUCAGGAUCCGUCGGACGCUUGCACUGUGUAUCAACGUCACUGUGAAAACAUGUCUCGUCGGCUGGAAUACGACCCGCCUACUUCAGCUGAAGAAGAUAGUCCUAGCGAAUGCUCGGACUAUUCGGACUAUUCGGAGGACUCCGAGACCUUUGAUGUAUCGAACAAUUGGUAG